GGGAAGGGAAUCCCACGUUAGUAAAUCUGUUGGCGAAUGAGGCUCAUUAACAGGUAAAUACUUCACGCUUCCUUUAGGGCAGAUAAACAGUGCGCCCUGAUUAAGGAAAGGAAGCCCGGAGACCUUGACUUUAUUCGAACCACAUGGUUCCAGUCUGCAGUGGCCUUCUCGCUGCCGUUGGAAACGACGCUGCGCCGGCCCCGUCUGAAUCCGAUUUCAAAGUCAGCCCGUUGCCCGCGGGACCUGGGCGGGAGGAGACGCGGGCAAAGAGCCGAUUCACCCAGCGCAGAGACUUGCCCACGGGGCCACUUUGGGGUGCGCGGGGUGCAGAGACCCUCCCUGGGCGGGGUCAGUGGGCAGAGAGGACCCGCAGGCUCGGUCCAGGGUUCGGUCGCGCCCUGUCGGCCCCGCGCAGCCUCUGCAGGCCAGGCGUCCAGGUUGGCGGCGGUCAGAAGGGCCCCGCGGAGCCGGGGGUCCUUUCUCCGCAGGACGCGCCCGGCCGGCCACGCGCGGGCACAUGCGUGGGCUACUCGUUGGAGCCCUUUCCCCUUCCAUUCUAGGCGGCCGCGGGCCCCGCGGAGCAAGACCACCUGUGAGGGCUGCGGAGAUUGGCGGAGGCGGUCAUGUGGGCGGUCACGUGCUGCGGCGAGCUCCGUCCAAAAGAAAAUGGGGUUUGGUGUAAAUCUGGGGGUGUAAUGUUAUCAUAUAUCACGCUACCUCGUAAAACCGACACUGAAAGCUGCCGGACAACAAAUCACAGGUCAAAAUUAUGAGUUCUUCGUAUUAUGUGAACGCGCUUUUUAGCAAAUAUACGGCGGGGGCUUCUCUGUUCCAAAAUGCCGAGCCUACUUCUUGCUCCUUUGCGCCCAACUCGCAGCGAAGCGGCUACGGGGCGGGCGCCGGCGCCUUCGCGUCCACCGUGCCGGGCUUGUACAAUGUCAACAGCCCCCUGUACCAGAGCCCCUUCGCGUCCGGCUACGGCCUGGGCGCCGACGCCUACGGCAACCUGCCCUGCGCCUCCUACGACCAAAACAUCCCCGGGCUCUGCAGUGACCUCGCCAAAGGCGCCUGCGACAAGGUGGAUGAGGGCGCGCUGCACGGUCCGGCCGAGGCCAAUCUCCGCAUCUACCCUUGGAUGCGGUCUUCAGGGCCUGAUAGGAAGCGGGGCCGCCAGACCUACACGCGCUACCAGACGCUGGAGCUGGAGAAGGAGUUCCACUUCAACCGCUACCUGACCCGGCGCCGCCGCAUCGAGAUCGCCCACGCGCUCUGCCUCACCGAGCGCCAGAUCAAGAUCUGGUUCCAGAACCGCCGCAUGAAGUGGAAGAAAGAGCAUAAGGACGAAGGUCCGGCGCCUGCUGCAGCCCCUGAGGGGCCCGUGCCCGAAGCAGCAGCCACCGCCACUGCAGCAGACAAGGCGGAGGACGAGGAUGAGGAGGAAGAAGAAGAUGAAGAGGAGGAGGAGUGAGGGGCCGAGCAGGGGCCUGGGCUGCACCAGACAGUCCAGAAAGCGUCUUUAGAGACUCGUUGAUUUUAUUUACAAAAGUUGAAAAAUAAAAAGAAAAUGUAAAAAAAAAAAACCCAACCCAGUCCCCAACCUGUACCCCAUCUACCCCAUUAUCCACUCCAAUUCCCAACUUUUUUGGACAGCAGCCGCCUAGACUGGGUCCCCUUGAGGGUACCCUCUGCCUCCGAGGCCCCCCAGCAGACACCUCCCCCCAUCCCUAGGCCGGCUGGCUCUGCGCUGGCAUGGCUAAAAUACUACCUAGCACAGGCCUCAGAGAGAGGCACCCCAAACUACCUAUGGGCCCAGCCCAGCGGACCUCCACUCCCAGGAAGCCCAGAGUGUCCCAACACUGGCAGACACCCGGCACCUCCCUAUAGGCCAAGGACCUGACUCUCAAUACUACCUACUUGUCCCAAACUACCUAUUUUGUGCUCGCUGGCUCGCCUGCUACCUAGUGCCGGCCCCUCCCAGGCCAGGCCCCUGCUGCUUGUGGCUGGCAGCCUUUGGGGUCCCUGAGGCUAUGCUGAGAAGGUGCUGGGGUCCGGGGACCAGGGCAUUGGCUUCUAUUUAAAUUGAAAAAUAAUAUAUUUAUUCCAAAGCAUUCUAAGUGCUGCAACCUAGAAUCCCUCUUUUCUGGCCUGGAUAUUCCAAGUUCAGGCCCGUCACCCCCCACUUCUGGAGGGGAGCGUUCCCAAGCUAGCUGCAGAUUUCUGAGUUAGCUGCUGCUUAGUAGGACUGCAGAGAUGCUCCCCGCCUCCCCGCCCCUGUGUCCCACUGCCCAGCCGUGUUGAAUAUGUACACCCUGACUUUUCCUACAAUAGCAAAUAUUGUAUAUUUGAAUAAGAUUUUUUUUGUCGUUUAUAUGGUCUUGGAGCUCAUUUGUAAGGCAAUGUCUUGACUUGGGAAGGAUGCGUUAAUGGGGUGACCAUGUAGCAUGGUGUGUUGUCUUGAGCUAACUGUAGCAGGUGGAGAGAGCCAAUGCCCUCCCAGUGCCCUUCAUCUCCGUGUUGUCCUGCGUCCCCCUCGUCCCUCUCAGCUCUAGCCUCGGGUUCCAGGAACAGGAAGGUAUGCUUUCCGUCUUGCCCAGCUAACCGUGUUUUAUGUAACAGAAAAAUAAAGAUGCUUGAUGACAAAGAAAUGUGGACUGCUCUAUCUGGGGAGGGAGGCUGGGGAAGAGGGUCAUUAUGGCCAGAGAGCACGCCCUGGCUCUGCGCGUGUCC